AACGCGCCGCCGCCGUCGUCGUCGUCGUCGUCGCCGUCGCUCCUCUCUCAGUCGCUCUCGCCGGGGGCCACCGCACCGAAGGCGUCCGCGCGACGAGCCAGACCAGCCGCUACGCAAGAUGGCUGUAUGUCGCUGACGGGAGGCCGACAAACCGGACAGGGGUACAGACAGCCCGCGGAUAAGCGGAACAUGCGGCUACGUGACCGUCGGGCCCGUCCCUGAAGAGAGAGACACUGGCCAAGAAGCGAGAGGUGAGCGAGGGAGUGUGUCUACGCCAAUGUUUGCGUGCGAGGAAUGUGUGACAUGUUCAUCCAAACACAGCAGACGAGUAGCGUCAACGGCAGCAGCAGCAGCAGCAGCAGCAGCAGCAGUAACAACACCGUUCACCACCACAGCAAGAAGCGCAAGUUGGAUUACAACGUGAGCCAGCCGGUGAUCCAGCACGCAUUGGUCCAAUCGACCAGCGACUACCAAUUGGACAAUACCGGUCUACAACAACGGUACUCCGUGAACGGUGCUAAUACCGCGUUUAGCUCGCUGCACAACAAUAAUGCGCUGCAGAAGAGUAGCCCGAACCAGCAGACCCUGGUACGAGCCUCGACGAUCAAGCUCUUAGAUACGUACCAGCGCUGUGGCCAGAAGAGAAAAACUUGGUCGAGGGAAGGUAAUGGUGACGAUCUGGCAGUCCACUCCGCCCACGCGAAUGUGGUGGGUUGUACUGUAGUGUCGCAGCACCAUACCCAACAGCAACAGCAGCUGCAACAACAACAGCAGCAACAGCAUAGCAAGCAGGCAAGCAUGACGGCGCAUAGCAAGCAAGUGGCCAACGCGGCCAACGGCGGCGGCAGUAGCAAUCCCCAGGGCGACGGGGAUUAUCACUUGGUGCAGCACGAAGUUCUCUACUCCAUGACCAACCAGUAUGAGGUCCUCGAGUUUCUCGGCAGAGGUACUUUCGGGCAGGUCGUGAAAUGUUGGAAAAAAGGAACAAGCGACAUAGUAGCCAUCAAAAUUCUAAAGAACCAUCCAUCGUAUGCGCGCCAAGGUCAGAUUGAGGUCUCCAUCCUGUCUCGACUUAGUCAGGAAAAUGCGGAUGAGUUCAAUUUCGUGCGCGCCUACGAGUGCUUCCAGCACAAGUCACAUACCUGCUUGGUAUUCGAAAUGCUAGAGCAAAACCUCUACGAUUUCUUGAAACAGAAUAAAUUUUCACCCCUACCUCUCAAAUACAUCAGGCCCAUUCUCCAGCAGGUAUUGACUGCGCUAUUGAAACUGAAGCAAUUAGGAUUGAUACACGCCGACUUGAAACCAGAGAAUAUUAUGCUGGUUGAUCCAAUGCGUCAGCCGUAUCGAGUGAAAGUCAUCGAUUUUGGAUCUGCCUCGCAUGUGUCAAAAGCCGUCUGUAACACCUACCUGCAAUCACGAUACUACCGCGCACCCGAGAUCAUACUGGGACUUCCGUAUUGUGAAGCGAUAGAUAUGUGGUCACUCGGCUGUGUGGUUGCAGAAUUGUUUCUAGGAUGGCCUUUAUACCCUGGCAGCUCCGAGUACGAUCAAAUUCGAUAUAUAAGUCAAACGCAGGGCCUACCGACGGAGCAUAUGCUGAACAACGCCAGCAAAACAACAAAAUUCUUUUACCGGGAUAUGGACAGUACAUAUCCAUUUUGGCGAUUGAAAACACCGGAAGAACACGAGGCAGAGACUGGUAUCAAAUCCAAGGAAGCAAGAAAAUAUAUUUUUAAUUGCCUUGACGAUAUCGGUCAGGUUAAUGUACCGACUGACUUAGACGGUGGUCAACUCUUGCCAGAGAAAGCGGACAGGAGAGAGUUUAUUGACCUUUUGAAGAGAAUGCUUACAAUGGACCAGGUAGUGACAUCGGAGCGCCGUAUAACACCCGGCGAGGCACUGAACCACGCGUUUGUUACUCUAUCACAUCUAGUCGAUUACGCGCAUUGUAACAACGUCAAAGCUUCCGUCCAGAUGAUGGAGGUUUGCAGGCGCGCGGGAGAUUUCACUGCGAGUCCUGCGCAUCAUCAGGCUCCGCCGGCGCCUCAGCCACCUCCACCAACGUCUUUAGUAGCCAAUUUUGUACCGACUACUAACGGCAGUGCGGUGACUCUCACCUUUAACAAUCAAUUGUCUAAUCAAGUGCAGCGAUUAGUCAGAGAACACCGUACCGCGCAAACAGGAUAUGACAGUCUGUACCAAAUAUAUAGCAACAGCAGUCGACGGGCGACACAAUAUAGCGGUUCGUCUAGUGGAUCCAACAGCGGACGGAGUGGCGUGCACGAUUUUCCGCAUCAACUGGUACCCGGCAUAUUGUGUCCACCGCAUGGCUAUCAGACUAUGCCAAGUCCUGCGAAGCACGUAGUUGUUGCUCAACCACCGCAACCGCAACAAGCACCUUUGCAGAUACAAUCGUCCAUUAUAUCGCAACAAGCUGUGGCCGCGGCGGCUGCAGCUGCCCAGCAACAAUAUGCUGCAGUUCCCGUGUCUAUGGUCGAGACUGGUCGGCAAAUGUUGCUUACCAAUGCUGUACAGACAUCUUGGCCUGCUGGAAGCCGUCAGAUGGCUGCGAUCGUACCAUCGUGGCAGCAGUUACCACCGCAGCAUAUUCAGCAACCACUGCUUAGCGAUACUGGAGAUUGGGGAAGGCCUCUUAUCGUCGAUAGUUCUGCUAUUCUACAGGAUCAGCGGCCGGUAUUUCCUGUCACGGAAGUUUACAAUGCUAGUGCACUCGUCGAACAUCCAUCGCAGAGCUGGGGCAAGCGCACUGUCACUAAACAUCACCAGCAUCAUGUGACGGUACCUCAGCAGACUCAGCAUAGACAUGAACACAAGAAAGAGACGCAACAACUGAGUCCAGUGAAGAAACGAGUCAAGGAGAGCACACCGCCAAGUAGCAUGCGACGACACUCGCCGUCGAGCAGCCAUUGGCAAGAGCAGCCGGUGCAGUCUCAUCAUCACAGUAGCAAACACAGUAGUAGUCAUAACGUGGAACAUCAGCCAGUCGCAACCGUGCGACAGCAGACCAUUACGAUUGAUGAUACGCCUUCGCCAGCCGUUUCCGUUAUCACAAUCAGUGAUAGUGAAGAUGAGACACCUGGAAAAUGCUGUGGAGACCGUCAGUGCAGCGCCUGUCAAAGUUUGGCAACUCGCCUGUCGGGCGACGGACGACCUGUCCGUGAAGAAGUCAUACGAAGUACUCAAUCGACGCCGCGCGUUGUACAGCCGAUGCAACAGUCAGCACACACGAGCAGUCAGCAUGCGAACGGGCACGUUACGACGCACAGCUCGUCGUCACAUCGAACGCAACGCAAGAAUGUCAUUAGCUGUGUAACUGUUGGUGACAGUGACGGUGAAGCCAGCCCAAGUCGCUCUCAUGCUCAUUUAUACCUGCCGCAACACCCGCAGCAUCAGCAAACCACGCAGUUAAUUAAACAUGAGCCGCAGCAACAACAUCAUGUUAGCAGUAGCUCAGGAUAUUCCUCUCAGUCACAAAAGAAGCGGCUGUUGGCGAAGGUGCAGUCCGAAUGUAACAUGGUGAACGUCGCGACGAAACUGGAACCCGGUGUCGAGUACCUUGCUCCACAUCCGUGUCACGCGCCAGCUUGCAAAGAGCCACCGACCUAUCAGGAUGACGUCUAUGACAUAUAUGACCACUGCUUGCAGUAUGUGACCACGAGUAGUGCGCAUCCUCACCUCCAAGAGCAGCAUAUUGUGUACACGACCGGCACGGACAAACGAGUGUCCUGGCCUGGGAAGCGAACCGAGUACAAGCAUGAGUACGUUCAACCACCGGCUGCUCAUUCGAGAGAACAUCAAAAGUGGGUGGUGGCCAAUCCUGUGCAUCAAUAUAGGCAGAGCCAGGUCGUAGGUACGGCAGCCCAUCCGGGCCAUACCCACAGUCAUCACGGACAUCCGGCUCAUCUAAGUCCCGGCGGCAGUGGCGGUGGUAGGAGUCCCGCCGGUGGGGCUGUGAUAGGAAGCGCCCAGCAUUUGGGACAGCCCCUCUACCAGGAAUAUGCUCACGUGCGCUCGAGAGCCCACGCGGUGCCGCCUCCUGUGUACGUUACCGCGGCACCAUCGCAGGCUGCUACCGCUAUCCAGCAACAAAUGCCCACGUAUCAAGGAUUCACACCCGGCUCGUCUCCAUUAACGUUGUAUGAUUCUAGUCGAGCGUUGCCACCGCCAGCUCAUCACAGCUCGGCCAGACCGUUACUGGCGAGUCACGCAGCACAUCCGUUGCCUGCGCAUAUGCAGCCUGCAGCCGUUUAUGGAUUGGCCCCGCUUUCGCCAGCCAAACACCAAUACCAACCUUCCAAUUUAUGGUUUACCGAGUAAAUUAUUCCUGUCGAGAGCCGUGAAUUAGAGUUGUGUACGAACAAAUAAUUAACGAGUAAAUUGUACGAUUUUCUGGGAACUUACGAGCUGCCCGUGCCAAUCAGCGAACGUCGAUCAAACGUAAUGGAGAAAGAAAAGUGUCGUGCGUAUUUUCCCCGUUUUCGUGCAGGCCUGGCCAGUAAAUGAAUCGGGUAGGGAGCGCCUGAACCGAUGCGAUUGCGAGUACGAUCAGUAGCACGAUAACACAGAUUCACGAUCGAGCGAGUUUGCCGAAAUGAGUAAAGAGCAGGAGUGUGUUAAGGCAAAAAAUUUUGACAAUCCGUCCUAUAUAUAAGCAGCGACCACUCCUUUCCGACCGUUCUCGUAGGAAACGAGACACGAGAUCACGGUCAAUAUAACUAGAUCUCUCUUUGUAUAUGUUUAUUACGUCUUUCUUAUCUUGUCCAAAACAAUUCCAUCGUCUUACCGUGACAAUUUCAUAAGGGGGAAAGAAAUCGAGGGAGAAAGACUAUCCUGCUUUGACAUGCGAUUGUACGUGAGCUGAUUUCUCACGAGAUUUAUCAUCUGGCACAUUUCUUUCUUUUUUUUCUUCAACUUCGAGUGACACGUGUAUCUUGACGUAUGCGGCAUGCUUUAAAUUUCGUAAGUUUCCAGAGACACCCCGAUGUUUUAUUACGGAAACGGUAGAGUUUAUAAGGACAUUGUACAGACCAAAAUUUUCUAUCGAAUUGUCCCGAUCUGUUUAAGGCUCAUACGUAUGGUUUCUCUCUCUCUCUCUCUCUCUAUUGUACAUAUAUAUAUAUAUACAUAUAUAUGGAACUGAUACGUGACUUAAACAGAUCGGGAACGUUAAUAUCGAUGAUAGACGAGAUACGCACGUAUAGCGGCAGUGCCGAUCCACGUGUGCGUGGAACUGUUAUUAACGAACAUCCUUCAUAUGCGAUAGUAGCAAUUUAAUUUAAAUGCGUAUGAGUCUGCAUUUCUUUAUAUGUCGCAGGACAUAUCGCGCGCGAGUAUCUUAUUUUUAAUGCUCCUUAACAAAAUCAUUUUAGCAAACUUAGGUUUUUUCCGAUUGUUGUAGUAGCGUUCCUUUUGUUCUUGCUCGUGGAAUUUUUUCUAUUACAUUAAGAAUAUCGCUAAGGGAUGUAGCGCUCUAUAAUCUUUUACGAUAUUUUAUUCAUAACGGGCACUCAAAACUAACGAGGUAGCCACAUUAUUCUUUGUAGUUUGUAGCUUGUUAUUCAAGUAUACGUUAACACACAUACUAUACAACAUACAUGUAUACACAUACAUACGUCCACACGUACAUUAUUUAGUUAUAUCGCAUAUUCCGAACUUCUUCGAGUAGGAUUAUUCAAGUAGGGUUGUCGUAAAUAUAUAGGAGCAUUCGUCAGAAAUAAGCCAGAGAUUUAGAAUCGAGUCACGAAUUUAUUAAGGUGAUUGCACGAUAUCCAAAUCGACAAAAGCUUUGACGUGCCUUUUUUGGAACAGUCUCAUUAUUUAUUAUCCGUACAUUAUUACUUUAUAUCGUCUUCAUCUUAUCAUUUUCAUCGUCAUCAUGCUCGUUAUCAUCUCCAUUGUCAUUAUCAUUGCUAACUAUCGUUGUUCUUAUGCCUAAUAUUUUGUUUUGAAUUGUAUAAAUAAUAUUAUACAGGUAGCAUGCCUUGAGCUCGUGGUUUGAAACGCGAAAUUAUAUGACCACAAUUUUGAAAAAUUCAUCAAUUGUAUAUAAGUUUAACAAUGUUUCAUUAAUAUUUCUUUUUUCAUUAAUGCUUUGCAUUUUGGCAAAAGGAAGAUAUUCGAAUCAAGUACCAUUGCACAAAUCAGUGAAAGAAAUAGAAAAAGAAAUGAACAAGUGAUAUAGUUUCUGUUUUCAAUACAGAGUAGAGUAAUUCUCCUUAAAUGCUGAGAGAGAAAUAGAAAGAGAACGCAUUCUGUGAAAGAAAUGUAUGCCAAACAGCAAUAAAGUAUCAUAAUGAGUCUUACGAUAAAGAAUUUCUCGCGGAUAUCACAAACUCGCAUAUUAUGCAUAUUUCUUUUUCCGCGUGUAUAGAUGUAAUAAUAAUGAUACGGGGGGGGGGGGGGGUUCUAUUUAUAAAUAGUUUUCAUAAAACGAAUUUUCGCAAUUACUUUUUUCUCGUUCAAUCAUGUUCUUCCUUGUUGCAUUUUCCGAAUUAUAGUCAACAUUAUACAUUAGGCUUGGUCAACUUCGAUCACCGGAGCCACAUAGUUUCUUCCUUUUCAUCCACGGAAAGUAGGGGGAAAGGGAGAAGUGUCGUGACGAAAAAGCUUAAAGUUGACCAGGCCUGUCUCACAUCAAUGGUUUUCACUCUAGUUUAUCAUUCUCAGGCGGUAUAUCAUAGACGCGGUACGCAUACACACAUACAUAGUUCUUCAGGUACCGGCGUCGUUAUACGCAACUGCUAAUACAUGUAUUUCGUGAUUUAAUGGAAUAACGCUUAUAGGCAUUGUUUCACUAAUUCUAUUAAUAUAAAUGUAUAGAAAGUUUGUAACGGUAAUAUUCGGCGUAUAUGGGAUUCAUUGCGGUAUGUUGUUUAGAGUGAUUCACGUCCAGAGUUUAAUUAGAGAUAUUUUACACGUAGAGCGAGAGUGUGGAAAAGUGCGAAAGAGUGAGUGUGAAAGAGAGAAAGAGAGGAGAAAAUUACAGAAUAUAUAGAUAUAUAAAGAUAUACAAGUGUAGCGUAGGUGUAACGGAGUUUUAAACAUGUUACCGGUAUCACUGAGAAGAGAGCCCUUUACGCGAUACAAUAAGUAAGCGACAAACGAUAUACAGCUGCAAUUUAACUAUAUAUUUAACUUAUAGAGCAGGGCCGUUACGGCUAUCGGGUCCAUGAUAGCCUCGCAAAUCUCUCGAGUGCCUUUAUAUCGAGAGGCAUCAGAUGAAUCGACGUAAUCUAACGAUGCCGAACUUUGCUUCGGCAAAAGCAACCCUAGACUUCUUCGUUUCUUCUUCUUCUUCUUCUUCUUCUUCGUUUCUACAGUUACGCAGUUUAAUCCCCUUAUACUUAGGAUCGAGCGAUUUGCCCUUUCGUAUACGCAUCAAUACGUUUGUACACGUUGUACGAGGAAACAAAAAAAAAGAAAUAUUUAACCAACUCGAUGUGCCUGUUUAACGAAUAAUCGUAUUUACACUGGGUAAUUAACUGUAACGGGAAAAAAAAGAAAAGGAUAAGUAAAGAAGGGAAGUCCGUUCUUCUUUUUCUUCGACAUAGACUGAGUGUGUUAUAACAUAACGUACGUUUCAGUGAGGCAUCGCAAUCAUCAUAAACCGUUUUGCUACGUGUUUGGUAUCCACCUCUCUCGGUCUCGGCAUAACGGUCGCGCCCAAUUGUACAUAUACAUACAUGCUUCCACGUAUGACAGUAGAGAUACUCGCGUCGCAUUAAAAAAAAAAAAAGAAAAAAGGAAAAAGAUAACUACCGUAACUGUCCUCCGCGUGAGAGUCGUGAGAGGAAAACACGAGUCAUAUCCUUAGGUUUCACCAGCGUCGGAUGUGCGUAGAACGUGCGUGCGCGCGUGUGUCGCACGUGCACACGCACGUGCACGCGCUUAGACAAGUAGUCAUACCACGCGAUAGCGAUAAGUUUUAUCCCCCAUCCAUCUCGUCACCCCGUAAUAAGUUCGCGCGCAUUAUAACUAGAUCGAUGAUGAUUUUAGUCAUGUUUUUCACGAGCAAGUUUUGACUGACGACUGAGAUUUCGAGAGAUAAUAAUAAUGAAAAGAUUGUAUGGCGUUCGAACGAUUGUAGUCAUAUUUAACGUUAUCGUUUUCGUCAGGUAUCCACGUGAGGAAGACCCACGUGGUGGUGGACAGGGUGGUGAGACAUUUUAGGUGGGUGACAUAUCGACAUAUUUUAAGGGUACAAAUCGUGUACGGACCACUUACUUAGGUCGACUUGAUUUUCGUAUUGUAUCGUACCGAGAAUGUUUGAGUUUCUGAAGUCGAUCGUCAAUCAAUGCGUGCUCUCCGAGUCAUGUUAACGCACUCAUGAUCAUUUUAACGCAUAUAUGUUACACGAUGUAAAUAAAAAAAAAACGCUCAUACCCACCACAUACACAUACACACACACACAUACACACGCACACAAUAAAUUACCUAAGUAAAAAGAAGUAGAGACGCUAUAAAACGCUGUGUGGAAAGUUAAGUAAAAGAUACCGUAACUGUAUCAAUGGUUCUAUAUAGUUGUGAUAUUUUAUUAUAACGCUGAUAGUCGUGCGCA